CCGAGGGGGCCGAGGCCGGCCGGGUGACAUCACGCCGGGACCGCCUGGGCCGCGGCGGGGAGGCAGAGAGGGCUCCUGGGCGCCGGCGGAGCAGCCACGUACUCGGACCUCGGACGCCCCCGCCCCGCCGCGGUUAUGUACGACUCCGAGCGCGGCUGGAGCCUGUCCUUCGUGGGCUGCGGCUUCCUGGGCUUCUACCACGUCGGGGUGACCCGCUGCCUGUGCGAGCGCGCCCCGCACCUCAUCCGCCACGCGCACAGGUUCUUCGGAACCUCGGCCGGGGCGCUGCACUGCGCCGUCUUCCUCUCCGGGACCUCGCUGGACCAGACGCUGGAGAUGCUCAUGGGCCUUGUCCGCAGUGCCAGGAGCCGGAGCCUCAGCAUCCUCCACCCAUCCUUCAACCUGAGCAAGCGCCUCCGAGAAGGUCUGCGCAGAAUCCUCCCAGACAACGCCCACCAGCUCCUCUCCGGCAAACUCUGCAUCUCGCUCACCAGAGUGUCCGAUGGGAAAAACGUGCUGGUGUCUGACUUUCGGUCCAAAGAGGAAGUCCUGGACGCCUUGCUGUGCUCCUCCUUCAUCCCUCUGGUCAGCGGCUUCAUCCCUCCUUCCUUCAGAGGCGAGCGAUAUGUGGAUGGAGGAGUGAGUGACAAUGUGCCUUUCUUUGAUUCCAAAACGACCAUCACCGUGUCCCCUUUCUAUGGGGAGAAUGACAUCUGCCCUAAGGUCAAGUCCACGAACUUUCUUCACGUGGACUUCACCAAGCUCAAUCUGCGCCUCUGCUCAGAGAACAUCUACCUGAUAAGCCGGGCACUCUUCCCUCCGGAUGUCAAGGUCCUUGGAGAGAUAUGCCUUCGAGGAUAUCUCGAUGCCGUCAGGUUCUUGGAAGAGAAUGCCUUUGACCAAAACCGCAGAGAAGGUGUGGCUCACAGGACAGACACGUCUUUAUGCAGAAAACGUUUACCGUGUAUCUCCCAGAUGCCAGGCCCUGGGCUCUGUGCUAAGGACAGCGUGGUGGACAGACGGAUGUGGCCCCCUGUCCUCUGGAGUGUAGUCUUGCGGCAGGCUGGGCACACAGGCAUCUGUGACAGGCCCUAUCCCGGCCUGAAUGUGUCCUUGGCAGAGUGGGACGUCUUUGAGCCACCCUGGGAGCCCUUGAGCCCGGACUCUUCCCCGGGGGUGGCCGCCUGGGAGGCGAGGCCCGAGGGAGACGAGCUGCUGGACCACCUGCGUCUCAGCAUCCUGCCCUGGGACGAGCACAUCCGGAUCCUGUCGCCCAAGCUCAUGCUAGCACUGAGGGAAGCAGCUAGAAACCCGGACGGGUACAUAAGCAAGAUGUGCAACUUCUUACCGAUUAAGGUCGUGUCCUACAUGCUGCUGCCUUGCACGCUGCCCCUGGAGUCUGCGAUUGCUGUGGUCCAGAGACUGGUGAUGUGGCUUCCAGACAUGCCUGACGACAUCCAGUGGCUGCAGUGGGCCACCUCCCGGAUUUGCUGUCGGGUGAUGAGGUGUCUGCUCCCCACGUCCAGAUCCCAGACACCAGCAAAUGGCCACCAGCCUCCCCCCACAAACCAGAACACAAGGGGCGCUGCUAGCCUCCCCAUUCCUCCUUGGACCCGGACGCCCACCCCGUGGACUGGCCAGUAGAGGCCACAGCUGACGUCUGUGAUGUCUGGAAGAUGGCCUCGGUGCUGAGUUUAUAGCUCGCUGAAACCAAAGGCAAUCUAGUUGCUUUAGGAAAAGCCAGGAAGCUACUUUCAGCGUAGGCAGUGGUUCAGAGCUUAAGGAAACCUCACGUGCGGGCGUGGACGUGAGAUGGCUCGGUUGGGAAGUCGUACGGGGAAGACCAGCGUGGAGGGCCCACGGCUGCCCUCUUGCAGCCCUUCAGCUGCCCGGGGAGGCUCCUAGGUUGACUGGAGGAGUUUGGGCGGGAGGCCUCGUGCUGCGGUGGGGUUGGAGGAAGAGAGAAGCGUGGUCUCUGGUACAGGAAGCGGUCAGCAUGGGGUGAGGGCGGCGAGGGGCGGCCGCUCCCGGCCACCUGGCCCCAGAACAAAGCACUGUCCCCUUGCUGAGUGGCCUGGCGUCAGGAGGCCAUGCCCGCCUGAGGCCCACGUGGACCCCAACCACCCACCUUCAUACCCCCGAGCCUGACUCUCAGGACGGAUUCCCAGCUGCCUUUUCUGUCAGAACCACAGCCUGGUGAACCUCGGCCUAAACGGACACAAUUUAACCGGUAUUUACAAUUUAACCAGCACAUUCCACUCAGGCAACAUCCUACACGCUAGAUCUGCGCUCACUCCAAGGAAAGACACGUCGAACGGCGGAUGGGAUCGCAUGGGACCUAUUUUCUUACGUGUGAAAUUAUUCCGCCUUCUUCUGAGCAGCAUGUGUUUUAUAAUUUUAAAAAAAGAAAGAAUAACGCUUUUGUCAAAAUGGCAAGGCACCCCCCUCCCACCUGGGCCGGACCCGCGACCCCGUCUAUUUACGGCUCGGUUAUGCUCUGGAACACGCCACGCGCAGGCGGCACCCGUGUGCGGUCGAUCUAAUGCCGGGGACCAGUCUGUUUGCUAAACAGAGAGCAAAACUCGUUGCACACAUGAGCCUGGUCUCUUUAAAAAAAGGUCAAAGAAAAAAAGGAAGAGCAUGUGGGUGGGUGUGUACCUGCAGAACAGACUGGAAGGACGUGUGCCAAAAUAUUGCCGGCGCUUCCCGUUUUGCUGUUAUCUGAAAUUCUAUUUUAGAUUGAAUUUCUAUGUAUUUCUUUCGUUGGACGAUACUUCAUAAUAAAAGGUCGUUAAGGUUUUUCCUCACCCCUC